AUGAGGCCGGUAGAUAUUGAUCGGCGACUACUAAAGCUAAUCAAUAAAGAUACAUUUAAGAAUAAAGACAAGGAUGCUUAUUGGAAGGUAUCAUUUGAAGAAGGCGUUGUUUCAUCAGACGUUAAUGACGAUGCACUUCCAAAGCUUGGAGAUGUCAACCACGAUUUUUUUGGUCUUAAGCUAGAUCACACACAGUGGCGUUACGACUUUGCUUUUGUUACUCCAUCAGGUAUAUUUAUUUGUAUAUUAUAAAACCCAAUUGUUAUAACUAUCUGUGGUAAAAGAUACUCUUGUUGCUACGGAUUCUAUAUUGCGUAUAGUACAUGGUAAUAUCAAACGGGGAUAUUUAAUUACAUUUUUGUUUUGGGGGGAAUUACCUGCAUGAACAGUUUUUGGAGCCUUUUUUGCCACGAAUUUCUGCCCACAUUUUGUAUUAUAGAGUAGACAAGAUGAAUGCACGUAAAAAUUAUUCGAAAAAGUGCCAUCCGAUAUACGUCUGACCUGUCGAGGAAAUUGUCGCAAACAUUACGAAAAUGCGACUUGAAGAACAAGGGCAGAUUUGGUGCUCGACCAAUCAGAGCAUUUGUUUACAUUUUCGCUCUCAGCCAAUCAUAAUGCAAGAAACGCGAAAUUUACACCAAGGCGAACUAGAAAAUAUUGCCGUCUUCUCGGGCUUCCGUGACAUUCAAUUUUAACUUUUUUAAUUUAAAACCAAAAGAUUACGGUGAAGCACAGUAAAAUCUAAAAUUUUGCCGUGGGCAUUUUUAAAUUUCGACCUAGAACGGAAAAUAUCCAUGUUUGAAUUUUUUCCUUAUGUCGCGUAUACUAAUUUGAGUAAUCUAAUUUGACAGCAAUAAAACUAAAAUUUGCUAUAUUUUCUAUAUUGAAAAUCGUUUUGGUCAAUGUGUUAUUUCAUAACCUAGAAGAUAACGCGUUUAGAGGGACUGAUUUUCCGCAAAACGGUCGGACAAUAUUUUUCUAUUGAUUUCCCGUAUGAUCGCGAGCAUGCGACUAUAUAUUUUUUAAAUCAGUCGCUAUAAACGCGUUAUCGUCUAGGUUUUGAAAUAAAACAUUGACCAAAACAAUUUGCAACAAGAGCGAAAACGUUUUCCAACACAAACUUAAAAGCAGAGAAAAUAGCAAUGUUUAAUUUUAUUGCAGUCAAAUACGGCUCAAAUUUGUAUACGCGGCAUAGGGAAAAGUUUCAAACGUGGAUAUUUUCCGUUCUAGAUCGAAAUUUAAAAAUGCCCACGGCAAAGUUUUAUAUUUUUAUGUGCUUUAUCGUAAUCUUUUGGUUCUAAAUUAAAAAAGUUAAAAUUGAAUGUCUCGGAAGCCCGAGAAGACGGCAAUAUUUUCUAGUCCGCCUUGCUGUAAAUUUCGCGUUUUCUGCAUUAUGAUUGGCUGAGAGCGAAAAUGUAAACAAAUGCGCUGAUUGGCGAGCACGAAAUCUGCCCAGCAGUCAGUAUAUAAUCAUUCUCGGAAAAAUUUACCAUAGUUACUUUUCUAUUUUAUUUUCAUCCCCGAGCCGACGGCGCGAAGCGCCGUGCGAGGGUACUAAUUCCCCCCGGCUAUUUACACCCGGGGAAACGAAAGCAUUAGCGAAGUCUAAAGUUCAUCAAAUAUCGCGGGCGUGGCUCACCAACGAUGUUUCGGUGGGUGGUCAUCCUCACUGAUCUCAAAAUAUGUGGCGGACUGUCACGAAUAGCGAAAACUGAUUGGUCCAAUUUAAAGUUUGCAUUAUAACGACUGCAUGACGACAGCUAAAUAGCAAACAUUUCUUGAUUUGAUGAUUGAUAAAUUUCUUGCAAAUAUCACAAAUAUAUUUCAUUUUCGCUCGCAUUUUCGCAAGAUUUUGUAAAUUUCAAGAAAGAAAUAGCGAAAGAAUCGGCUAAAAGAAGUGAGCCAACGUUAACGAAGGUAACUUUGUUUUAAAUAUUGAUUUUAUAAUGGAUUUAAUUUAAAACCCGACGGCCUUUGCAUAUAUGAAACAACUCAACAAGACAGCAUAUUAUUUCAGUGUAUCUUUAGUAAUAUUGAUUCCCUUUUUUAUGAUAUUGAAUUUUUUAAAUAAAAAAGAAAGCAGAGUUAUUUGCAAGCGAGAAUUCGAAGUCAUUUUAUUGCAAACUCAGAGUUUAUCGAUAAAGCCAUUUUAAAAGUCAGUUUAGUUUUAUAAAGAACACUAGUGACUUUAAAACGUUUUGCGAAGCGUUUGUGGUUGAAUUUUACCUUAAAUUGAGGCUUAUAUUACGUAUAAUAACAUACCUAACAUAUAUAUGUUGGCAAAUUAAUAAUUUGGUAAUUAAAAGUGAUAUUUUUUAGGCGAUUUUUCAUUUGUAAGAAUAUUCUUAAAAAAUUAUCGUGUUACCAUGACAACUACUUCAGAUACUUCAUGUUCGGAAAAUACAAUGGUUUUGUCUGUUUGUCAGCAAGGCGAGGGUUUCUGCAUGCAUGAAUUUUCUAGUUUAUUCCUGUUUCUAGACAGAAGCGUACGGGUGAAAGUAUGGGAAGGCUUACCUCCUGGUAGGGACGAACCACCAGUUGAGGUGAAGAAUAUUUUAAGACAAGUUUCCCUCCAGGCAGAAGAAGGCAUAAAAGCUUGGAUUUGUUAUCCUUCUACAUCUUGUCUGAGAGGGGAAAUAAUGACACCAAAUUCAUCGUAUGAUUGCAGAAUCAAAUUGCGAGCAGGUAUGUUUAUUUAAGGAUAGAUAUUUACUAAAUGUGCAUGAGUUGAAAUUAUGUUCACUUAUUUACAUAAUUACUGGUUGACAGUUUAAAAUUGAAUAAGGCCCGUGUAAAACGUCAAAAUUUUCGCUUGCAGUGAAUGAACUUAGCUUUUCAAGUGCAGUUAACUGCAGUGAAUUAACAAAUGAAUUAUUUUCCCUGCUCGCGAGUCCAAGAAGUACGAAACGUCGGGAUACUGAGAAUUAUUUGCCGACGGCGGUUUCUUUAUCUCUUUCUUCGUUAAGUUUAUAACAUCCUUACAAAAACCUUUUUAUUAUAGCCUAGCGUAGCCAUUCUCUGAAGGGUCUGGCUGCAUUUUGAUACAACUUAUACUUGUAAUUAUUUAUCACAACACGUAUACAUACUCAAUAAAUAUUCAGGCCAUGACCAAUGUGCUAGAGUGAUGGUUAUAGUUUUUGAUAAGUUUUAAUGUAUGAUUUUCAGACAUGCAAAUAAAAUUGUUGUGAUUUAUGCAGGUCACCGUUAUGCCACCGACAAAGAUAGCGUAAUUUGUAUGGAGGAAGACACAAUUCUCUCGGAUUAUCUUUACAACUGCAAAUUUAACAAGGCGUACCCUAGAAUGGAAUUGCCAGAUCCAAAUGAGCAUGUAAUGCCGGAAGAUUUUAAAUGUACCUUUUACCGCGAAUCGAACGAAAGAAUGUUUUCCGCUACCGUUGGUGAAGAGAGUUAUACUGUUAUUGUUUUGGACGAAAAGGGGUGGGACUCAGACUCAUCAGCUAAAAGAGAUCAGAAACAG